GGCUCCAGAAUGGCCACGAAGGCAGAUGGGCACUGCUGAAGACCAAGCCUGGCUCCAGCUGCUUCCGAACGACUCCCACCCCACAGUCCUCUGCCGCCCCCAGGAUGGGGGCCAGGGGGCUGGGGGGCUGGCCAUGAAAGAAUGCUGCCCCUCCCUGCAAAAGGCCAGCCCUGUACCCCCCAGGCAUAGCCCUGACCAUAGCGUAGGCAUGGACCCUAGGCAUAGCAGUCCCCAGGGGGCUAGUGAAAAGGUCUCCUGUUUUGAGGGCCCUGGCGGGAGCCUGGCCCACCCCUCCCAGACCUGUAGCCCUCCCCAAGAGGCAGCCACCAAGGAGACCUGCAUCUCAGGGACAGCAAAAUCCACCUUUUCUGGGGAGCCUGAGCCCAGGUCCUCAGGGAACAGAAAUGAGCAGAUGGAUGCCAGGUCCUCAAUGCAGGCAGCUUCUGCUUCCGUGGGAAAGGAAGAUGCUGGAUCCUCCAGGAAGGCAGAUUCCACGGUCACAGGAAAGCCAGAGCCUGCAGUCAUGGGGCAGGGGAAUCUUGUGGCUCCUGGCAGAGUGGAUCUCGUGACCCCAAGAGAGGAAGAUGGCGGCCGCCUGGGAAAAGUUGACCCUGGGUGCUCCAGCCAGGCGGCUGCAGCGUCCCCAGGGAAGGAAGAGGCUGGGGACCCCGUGUUCCCAAGGCAGGAGGAGCCGAGCUGUUCUGGAAAAGAACGUCCUUUGUCCUCGGGAAAGACGGAUCCCAAGCCCGUGGGAGAAGCAGACUUGGUGGCCUCGGGACGGGUGGCGCCUGCCUUGCUGGGGAGCACGGAUCCUGCAUCCACAGAAAAGUCAGCUCCUGGGCCCUCGGGAAAGCCGAGUCCAGCGUCACCGGGCGGGACUGAGUCUGUGUCUUCUGGGACAGCAGCUGCAGGAGCCCUGGAGAAGACACAUCCUGCAGCCCUGGGACCGGCAGAUCCUGCACACACAGGGAAUGCAGGAACUCUGUCCUCCACGCCAGAGGAGCCUCGGUUCCUGGCAGGGAAGGACGCGAGCUCCCCAGGAACAGGGAGCGCCGGGCCCAAGGGGAUGCCCAAAACAGGGGCUGCUGGGCCGGGGGACCCUGUGCUUUCAGGAGAGCCAGUGGCCACCUAUUUGAAAGCUGGGGAGCGCACGUCUUCCAGCGAGGUGGAUCCCGGGGCCUCGGGAAAGCCGCAGCCCUGGCCUCCUGGGCGGGCAGAACGGGCCUCCGAGGGAAAGGCACAAACUGCCUCCCCCAGAGGGGCAGAUCCCACGCCAGGGGAAGCCACGGAAACGCCACCUUCUGGAAAAGCGAGCGCUGAGCCUUCGGGAAAGACAGACCCUGUGUCCUCAGGGGAGCCCAAGUCCCUGGGGAUGGCAGCGGGUCCUCCACCUUCUCCAGAGGAAGGAGAGCCCCCGGCCCUGCAUUCUGCCUCCACAAAGGUGGGCCCUACACCAUCGGGAAAGGCAGAAGCCGGACAAGCAGGCCCCGCGGCCUCGCCCUCCGGGAAGGUGGACUACGUGUCCCUGGGGAAUGCAGAAGCUGGCCCAGGGCCUCUAGAGCAGGGUGGCCCCGUGCCCAGCGCCAAGGUGAGCCCCAGGGUCUUGGGGACAGCAGAGCUGCAGCCCAGGGGCAAGGCAGAGGCUGCUGCACCUCUAGGGAAGGCGGAGACCACCUCUUUGCAAAAGGAGGGAUCCCUGGCUCCCGAGAAGGUGGAUCCCGGAUCCGCAGGAAGGGCGGAGCCCCCGGCCUCGGGCAAGGCGGGGCCUGUGUCCCUGGGGAAGGCCGACCCUGCACCUUCGAGAAACGCAGACGCCCCACCCUCAGCACAGGCGGCCCCUCUGACUGUGGAGCAGGCGCAGGACUCUUCCUCCAGGCGAUCAGAUGGCAAACCCUGCGGUUUGGCCCCUUCUGCCGGGAGCAGCGAGGGGCACGGGAAGCUAGAAGCGGCGGCCAGCGGGGCAGCCUCCAGCCUGGGCCAGAAAGACCUGGUGGCCGCUGGGGCCCAGAGAAGCCCUGGCGUGGAGGCGGCAGCGCCCCCGCCGGGGCCGCGGACUCGCGACAACUUCACCAAGGCGCCGUCGUGGGACGCGAGCGCCCCGCCGCCGCCGCGCGAGGACGCGGGCACGCAGGCUGGGGCGCAGGCCUGCGUCUCGGUGGCCGUGAGCCCCAUGUCUCCGCAGGACGGCGCGGGCGGCCCGGCCUUCAGCUUCCAGGCGGCGCCGCGCGCGCCCAGCCCGGCGCCCGGGCCGCCCGCGCGCCGCGACGCGGGCCUGCAGGUGUCGCUGGGCGCCGCCGAGACGCGCUCUGUGGCCACCGGGCCCAUGACGCCGCAGGCCGCCGCGCCGCCCGCCGUGCCGCCCGCCUUCCCCGAAGUGCGGGUGCGGCCGGGAUCCGUGCUGGCGGCCGCCGUGGCGCCCCAGGAGGCGUCGGAGCCCGUGCGCGACGUGAGCUGGGAUGAGAAGGGCAUGACGUGGGAGGUGUACGGGGCCGCCAUGGAGGUGGAGGUGCUGGGCAUGGCCAUCCAGAAGCACUUGGAACGGCAGAUCGAGGAGCACGGCCGCCAAGGGGCGCCCGCGCCGCCGCCCGCCGCACGCGCGGGCCCCGGCCGAGCGGGCUCGGUGCGCGCCGCGCCCCAGGAUGGCGCCGCCAAGCGGCCGCCGGGCCUGUUCCGUGCGCUGCUGCAGAGCGUGCGCCGGCCGCGGUGCUGCUCGCGGGCGGGACCCACGGCCGAGUGAUCGGCGCCCUUUUGUACGCCCGGGUUUCCAACCUGCUCAGGCCCCCUUCCUGACCCCAGCCCCUGGAAGGGGUCCCCUCGGCAGGGCCCUGUCAUAUCCUUCCCGUCCCAGACACGCAAACGAGCCCACACGCCCCCUCCCAGCCCUCACCUGGACUCCUGGUCACACCGGGCGAGCACGGGGACCCACUCAGCACCCCCCGCUCCUCCCCACCCCGAGCUGAGGCGGGCUCCUGAGACGGCCAGGCUGGCCUGUUGAGGUCUCGGGAGCGCCAGGUCCCCAGAACCAGGAGAGACUGCAGGCCAAUCUCCAGGCGGGUCCUCUGAGCGUCCGCGGGUUGAAGGGCGAGGUUCCUGAGUGUGCCCGACCAAGUUCUGAACUGAACGCUGGUGCGGCUCGGCGGCGCUGGCCUGCGUGGUCGGGCCAUCUCUUGCAUGCUGUGGGUUGCCCUUCCCCAAUUCCUGUCUCCCACCCUCCUGGCCCAGUCCCCCAGCCCUGUCACCUCCCACCGGUCACUAGUUCACAAUUCCCAGCAUAGGA